GAAGUAUCCAGCGAACUUGAGUCGCCUUCCUCGCUGGGCCCGCCGUUCCACCUGGAGGCUUUCGUUCCCGCACCCUCCUUUGUGUGUCUUCCUGUGGAGAGACGCCCCAGCCAAGCCACUGGUUCGGCCUGGGGGUUUACAACCACGUUACUUCUCAACUCCGGUGACAGACUUCGGAGUCCCCCAGGCCGGGCCCCCCAGGCCGGAGCCCGGCGUGCGCCGUUCCCCGCCGGGAUUGGCUGGCGCGGGCGGGUGGGCGAGCGGACGUCACACUGGGACGGUUCGUCGCGCUUGCCUCCCAACGGAGGAUUUCGUAGAAAAGGUUGAAAAGUGUUCUUCCUCCCGCAAAACCAGUGCGGGGGGGUGGAAACACGAAAUCCUUAUUGUGGAUAUAAGAAACUGCGUGGACCCUGGAAGUGAGCACGCUUUUGCGAUUUAAAGAGUUUGGCGCAUUGUUUUGAGGUGAAAAUGAGAAGUGCUUGUGGAAAGCUGGUUUGUCAUAACGGCUGAAAAGAACUUAAGAACAAAACCUUAAGAGUUUUGAGUAGUAACUCCACUGACACCUUUUUUUUUUCCUGAAUAACUCAUUUAUUUCCUGCGAAUCCCGCCCCCUCUGUCUCCGCGGCGCUAGGAGGCGGGCCCGGACCAGAAAGCAGACGCCCCUGCGGCCACCCCCCCACUUUCUUCCCGCGAGAUCCAGUGACACCUCUUUUAACUCCGGUCUUAAAACAGCUUUCGAAUAUCUCUGGAAACAUUUGAAUAAAUAUUUUAAAAGUUUAACAUACAUCCGUUAGGAACAAGAAAUAUCAAAAAAUUUGGUGAUCACCUUCAGAUCCUGUAUAUUUUGAAGUGGAUGUUUCUCAUGAAAAAUUAGAAAGCAUGUCAGAAGUGGAUGCCAUGAAUUUCACCAGUCUUUCUCAAGAUUUAACUCAUUCAAAUUCUCCCUUCUAUAUGGAAACCAGCAAUACUACUUCAGACUUGCCUCAGAAUGAAAUAAAGAAUGUAAAAAAGGAAAAUGAGUCUAAAGUCAGACGUUCUGAAGAAAUUUAUAGCACACUAGAUGAUGUGUUAGGUGAUGUCAACAGUGGAAAUUAUUCACAGGAUAUGCUAACUAGGCCAGUUGACACCAGCAUUUCUUCCUUCAGACAAUGUGAACCCAUUUUCACAUAUCAUCAGACAAAAGCAUGUAAUGAUAAAAUGCUAACAUUUCAAAAUCUGGUAAGCAACUUACCUUACACAGAGAAGCCAGAAUUGCAAAGUCACGUAUAUAAUUAUGCAAAAGACAACAAUAUUAAGGAAGAUUCAUUUAAAGAAGAAAAUCCAGUAGAAACUAGUACUUCCACAAAUGAAGACCAAUUUGCUCAUGAAUGUGUCUGGCAACCUCCUAGAAGCCCAUCUUUAAUCCACUGCAGUAGAGAGACACUGAAAUUCAUGGAAAUGCCACUGGUUGAAAAUACUGCCAAAGAAUCUACCCUCAACUCUUGUCAACCUGAAAACUUCUUGUGUAAGGAAUAUUUAUACAACGAUGUUGAAAAACCAUUUUAUCAAGAGGAUAGCUUUAACCUAUAUGAUCUGAGAGCUAAUUAUAAAACAAAGGAGGUUGCAGUUUCUUCAAAAGGGACACAGAAUUCUGGGGAGAUUCCUGAGAUGUCAGUCAGUCACCAAAAGGAAGUCACAGUGGAGGACAUGGAAAGUCCAGAGAUUGUGUCAACUCGUUCUCCUGCUGGCAUGUCUUGGAGUUGUGGAGCAUCUUGGGAGGACUGCAAAACACAUGACACAGAGCAAGACUUGGAGUGCUUACAACCUCUAGAAGAGGAUAUGGCUUUAAAUGAAGUCUUACAGAAAUUAAAACAUACUAACAAAAAACAGCAAACUCUGAUCCAAAACUUGCAGUGUACUAACAUGUAUUUAGAGAAGAAGGUUGAAGAACUACAGGUGAAGACUAACAAGCAGCAAGUGUUCGUUGGCAUCAUAAAUAAGCUAAAGGAGAAUAUCGAAGCAUUAAUUGAAGACAAAUACAGAGUAAUGCUAGAGAAGAAUGAAACUGACAAGACUUUGCAGAAUUUGCAUGAUGUUUUAACUAACACCCAAAAACAUCUUCAGGAAUCUAGGAAAGAAAAGGAAACCUUACAGGUAGAGCUUAAGAGGAUCAAGGGAAAUUAUGUUUGUUUACAGGAAAGGUGUAUAACUGAAAUACAAGAAAAAAACAAAAUUGUUAGUCAGUACACAGAGGUGAGCAAAGCCUUAAGUAAGAAAGAGGAAGAGGUGGAGAGGCUGCGGCAACUCAAAGGAGAAUUGGAAAAUGCCACCACUUCUGCUUUGGACUUAUUGAAAAGGGAAAAGGAGACCCGAGAACAAGAGUUCCUGUCUUUACAGGAAGAAUUUCAAAAACAUAAAAAGGAAAACUUGGAAGAAAGACAGAAACUGAAAUGUAGACUUGAGAAACUGGUAGCUCAAUUUAAAAAUGAGCAAUUCAUAUCUGAAAGUGAAAGGGCUAAGAAUACAAAACUUCAGCAGCAAAUCAACGAAGUAAAAAAUGAAAAUGCAAAACUUCAGCAGCAGGUUGCAAGGAGUGAGGAGCAAAAUUGUGUCCCUAAAUUUGAGAUAGCUCAGUUAAAGGAGCACUUGGAGGCAGUAAUGAAGUCAGAUAUUACAAAGGAUGCGAAGAUGAUACAUUCUAAUUGCUCACCUUGUGAAGAAGAGAGCCCAAAUCUCCCAGAUGUGCAAACAACUUCUCAACCGGCUUUCAAAAUUCACUAUCUUCUGGCUCUGAUGGCAAGAUUUCUCACAUGCCAGGAUAUCAGCAAUCCCGAUGCUGAACAUUUCAAAGAGAGUGAGAAAGUUAGUGAUACAAUGCUGCAAAAAUUGAAGAACUUUCAUCUUAAAAAGAAAAAUUUAGAUGAAGAGCUACAGAAACAUAAAGAAAGAAUUGCAACUUUUAGAGAGUUAAUUGCUAAUGAAAAAGCAUUUCAAGAUCAGGUUAUUAACGUUACAGACUUUGAUUCAAAUGAAACCAAGAAUGUCAGAGAUCCUACCUUAUUGGGAGCCAAACUGGAUAAGUACCACAGUCUAAAUGAAGAGCUUAAUAUCUUGAUUGCAAAAUUGGGAAAUCUUCUAGAGUCAAAAGAAGACCAUUGCACCAGACUCAUUGAAGAAAAUGACAAGUAUCAAAGACAUUUAGGCAACUUAAUAAAUAAGGUUACAUCAUAUGAAGAAAUCAUUGAAUGUGCUGACCAACGGCUCAAGAUAUCUCACUCCCAGAUUGCACAUUUAGAAGAGAGAAAUAAACAUUUGGAAGAUCUAUUUAGGAGGCCCAAAGACAUAGCCAGAAAACCAAGACCAAGAAGAUUAGAAAAUCAUCUAAAAUCCAUGACUGAGAUGCCAGAUAUUUCAGAAGGAAAUGGAAAUGAUUUAGAUUAAACAGGACUGAAGAGUAAACAUUAAUCAUUUUUUGUCAACCACUCCAGGAGCAGAGUCCUACUAAGCAUAGUACGCAGAUCAAUCCACACAAAUGAUACAUUAAAAUUGUAUAAAUGGUGAAAUUUUACAUUCCAAAAAAUGUGAUUAUUUUCUAAUUUCGUCCUGUAAACAAUCAAACAUAUUCUACUUUAAUAAAAACAGAUGAAUACAA